GAAGCCAUGGUCCCAAACACUCUCUCUUGCCUCCCAGUCCUCCCAGGCUCCUCGAGGAGGAGGAGAGACGGUGUAAGAGAAGAGGGGCGGGGGUCCCAUCACUGAGCACCCCGGCGGGGAUCUGAGCCGCUGCCGCCGACUCUGGGCUCCCACUUCGCGCCCUUCCCCGGUCCCCGCCAUGGGUCCCCCCUCCAGCUCCGGUUUCUACGUGAGCCGCGCAGUGGUCCUGCUGCUGGCGGGGCUGGCGGCUGCGCUCCUGCUGGCGCUGGCGGUGCUCGCCGCCCUGUACGGCCACUGCGCGCACGCCCCGCCGUCUGAACGGCUUGGCCUCGGGGUCCCGGACGCCGCGUCCUCCCCUCCCCGCAGGCAGGAGGAGCCAACGCCGUCCCCGACACCCGGCCGUGCACACGAGCCGACGGUGACUAGCACCCCGCACGACUGGCGACCCCCGGGGCCCUGGGACCAGCUGCGCCUGCCGUCCUGGCUCGUGCCGCUGCACUACGAGCUGGAGCUGUGGCCCCGGCUGCGGCCCGAUGAGCUCUCGGCGCCGUCGUUGCACUUCACCGGCCGCGUGAACAUCACGGUGCGCUGCACGGUGGCCACCAAGCUAUUGCUGCUGCACAGCCUCCUCCUGGACUGCGAGCACGCCGAGGUGCGAGGUCCCUUGUCUCCGGGCACCCUGAACGCCACCGUGGGCCGCGUGCCUGUAGAAGACGUGUGGUUUACGCUGGAUACGCAAUACUUGGUGCUGGAGCUCGGCGAGGCCCUGCAGCCUGGUAGUCACUACGAGCUGCAGCUCAGUUUCUCGGGUCAAGUGUACCGGGACAUCAGGGAGGGGCUCUUCCUCAACGUCUACACCGACCAAGGGGAGCACAGGGCCCUGGUAGCAUCUCAGAUGGAACCAACAUUUGCCAGGAAUGUUUUCCCUUGUUUUGAUGAGCCAGCUCUGAAAGCAAGUUUUAAUAUUACAAUUAUUCAUCAUCCAAGUUAUGUGGCCCUUUCCAACAUGCCAAAGCUAGGUCAAUCUGAAAAAGAAGAUGUGAAUGGAAGUAAAUGGACUGUUACCACCUUUCAUACCACACCCCACAUGCCGACUUAUUUAGUCGCAUUUGCUAUAUGUGAUUUUGAUCAUGUCAGCAGAAUGGAGAGGGGCAAGGAGAUACGCAUCUGGGCUCGGAAAGAUGCCAUUACAAAUGGAAAUGCAGACUUUGCUUUGAACAUCACAGGUCCCAUCUUCUCUUUUCUGGAGGAUUUAUUUAAUAUUAGUUAUUCUCUUCCAAAAACAGAUAUAAUUGCCUUGCCUGAUUUUGACAACCAUGCAAUGGAAAAUUGGGGACUAUUGAUGUUUGAUGAAUCAUUAUUAUUGCUGCAACCAAAUGAUCAACUGACAGAAAAAAAGACUGUGAUUUCUUGCAUUGUCUCCCAUGAGAUUGGACACCAGUGGUUUGGAAACUUGGUUACCAUGAAUUGGUGGAACAAUAUCUGGCUCAAUGAAGGUUUUGCAUCUUAUUUUGAGUUUGAAAUAAUUAACUACAUCAAUCCUAAAUUCCCAAAAAAUGAAGUCUUUUUUUCUCACAUUUUACAUAUCCUCAAAGAAGAUCACGCCCUGGUGUCUAGAGCUGUGUCCAUGAAGAUGGAAAAUUUCACAGAAACAAGUGAAAUAAGAGAACUCUUUGACUUAUAUACUUAUAACAAGGGAGCUUCGAUGGCCCGAAUGCUUGCUAGUUUCUUGAAUGAGCAUUUAUUUAUCAGCGCACUAAAGUCAUAUUUGGAGACAUUUUCUUACUCAAAUGCUGAGCAGGAUGAUCUAUGGAGGCAUUUUCAAAUGGCCAUAGACGACCAGAGUAAAAUUCUUCUGCCAGCAACAGUAAAAGGCAUAAUGGACAGCUGGACACACCAGAAUGGUUUUCCAGUUAUCAAUUUAAAUGUAUCUACUGGUGACAUGACACAGGAGCCAUUUUAUCUUGAAAAGGUUAAAAAUCAGACUCUUCUAACUCACAAUGGCACAUGGAUUGUACCUGUUCUUUGGAUAAAAAAUGGAACUACACAAUCUUUAGUCUGGCUAGAUAAAAGCAGCAAAGUAUUCCCUGAAAUGCAAGUUUCAGAUUCUGAUAAUGACUGGGUGAUUUUAAAUUUGAAUAUGACUGGAUAUUACAGAGUUAAUUAUGAUAAAUUGGGUUGGAAGAAAUUAAAUCAACAGCUUGAAAAGGAUCCUAAGGCUAUUCCUGUUAUUCACAGACUGCAAUUGAUUGAUGAUGCCUUUUUCUUGUCUAAAAACAAUUAUAUUGAGAUUGAAACAGCACUUGAUUUAACCAAGUACCUUGCUGAAGAAGAUGAAAUCAUAGUAUGGCAUGCAGUCUUGGUAAACUUGGUAACCAGGGAACUUGUUUCUGAUGUGAACAACUAUGAUAUAUACACAUUAUUAAAGAAAUAUCUCUUAAAGAGACUUAAAUCAAUAUGGGAUAUUUAUUCAACUAUAAUUCGUGAAAAUGUGGCGGCAUUGCAAGAUAACUAUUUAGCUCUAAUAUCACUGGAAAAACUUUUUGAAACUGCAUGUUGGCUGGGCCUUGAAGACUGUCUUAAGCUGUCACGAGAACUCUUCAGAAUGUGGAUGAAACACCCAGAGAAUGAAAUACCUUAUCCAAUUAAAAGUGUAAUUUUAUGUUAUGGCAUUGCCUUGGGAAGUGAUAAAGAAUGGGACUUUUUGUUAAAUAUCUACACUAAUAAAACAGAGGAAGAAGAAAGGAUUCAACUUGCUCAUGCAAUGAGUUGCAGUAAAGAUCCAUGGAUACUUAACAGAUAUAUGGAGUAUGCCAUCACUAAAUCUCCAUACACUUUUGAUGAAACAAAUGUAGUUGAAACUGUGGCAGCAUCUGAAGUUGGCCGGUACAUUGCAAAGGACUUUUUAGUCAGCAAUUGGCAAGCUGUGAGUAAAAGGUAUGGAACACAAUCAUUGGUUACUCUAGUGUAUAUAAUAGGGAGAACCAUAAAUACAGAUUUACAGAUCAUGGAGCUGCAGCAGUUUUUCAGUAACAUGUUGGAGGAGCACCAGAGGAUCACAGUUCAUGCCAAAUUACAGACAAUAAAGAAUGAAAAUCUGAAAAACAAAAAGCUAAGUGCCAAGAUAGCUGAGUGGCUACGGAAAAACACGUAGCUUGUGGCUACUUUCAGCAUGCCUCUUGCAUAUUAUAGUGUAGUUUGCUUGCAGUUUUUUCUUCCAAUUCUUUGUGAGUCUGGAAAACCACAAGUUUUGUUAUUUGUAUUUUAGUCACAUUUACUACUCAGAAUCCUGUUCUUCCCAUUUUGUCACAUUUGGCCCUGAGGGCCAGUAAUUGCUGAGGAUUUUGCCAACACUGCUGUAUUUCUGGAGAUUUCAUUUCACGUUGGGCUGCAAACCCACAGAAUUUAUUUCAAAUGCCUUGUAAAAACAAAUAUACCUAGAAAGUCUUGUUCAUUCUGUUGUGAAGGCCAGUGGAAUAUUAAAUCAUUGGUAUUAAUGAAGAGCACAUUGUUUUCUGAGGGAAACACAGAUUUGCAAUACUCUAGGGUUCAUUUAUUUUAAUACUGAAAAGAGUAAUGAGAAAAUAACAUGACAGUAUAAAAGCAAUAGAAACUCCCCAAAAUAAUAUUCACCAGAAGGCAGAAAAGCCAAAGAAAAGCAAGAUUUAAAAAGAAAGAGCAGACAAUUUAAUGAUCCCUUACAGCAAGAAAUAUGUUUUCUCCUGCCCAUUUCUUUCUUCCACAGUAUCUACUGCAGUAAACCACAUGUUGUUGGCUGCUGAAAUUCGUGGUGUCACAAAAGACAAAUGAUUGUAAGAUCCAUGAAGUGGAUCUUGUUGUGGAGGCUAAAAUGGAGAUGAAGACUCUGCCCUGAAGCUCUUGAUGGUGUAUUCUCCUGUGGGGUGAAUACUCUUUCAGCCAAAGCCUGUGAGCAAAAGUAAUGAUGUCAAACAACAGUAGCAAUUAUGGGCUAAUCUUCAGAGCAAAAGGAAAAAUUCAAAAGGAGACAAAAAAAAGUAAAAGGCUAACUGGAGCAUAAUCCUUACAGUUUAGCAGGGGAUUAAGUUUGAAACAUGGUUUCAUUUGGUCAAAUUAAACCUAUUUGUAAUGUGACCAACUUACUUUAAACAUAUUCAUCAGUCACAAUGUAUGGAAUUACCUUAGUUUUGUUACAACUGAUUAAAACAGGGCAACUAAGGCAAAUCAUUCAUUCCUUCUCUAGGCUUUGUGUAGAUAUUUAAUCCCUUUUUUUUUAUGUUUUACACUUUGUUAUUGUAGAAUGGAGGAAAAACUACAGAUCUCCUAUCUACCUCAAAGUGAUAUUGUAAAGCUUAGGGAAUGUGAUGUCAACUAAAAGUCUUUAAAGAUGUUAUAUAAAUUAAAGGCAAUGUAAUCUAAGGCUUUUUUCCUAUUUCAUGUAUAAAUUAAGAGCCACAAGUUAAAAUGCAAUACAAAAGUUUGCUUUUGUAUUCUCUUCACAAAGAGGAUGCUUCCUGAGUGUCAGUGGGAGGCUAGGGGACUUCACCAUAACCAAAGCUCAGUCUACUCAGGCCCAAAGAUGGGUUACCGGUCAAAGAAUAUUUUUCCUUAGAUUUAGAAAUGUAAGUUUUAAGCAAUAAAAUAUCUCCAUGCCUUCAAA